CCGUAGCUCGGGAAAACUCACCGUGGUUCGUGGAAAGCGGGCCCCCCAAAACUGCACCCCAAAAACGCGGUGCGCCUCCAUUCCUCCAUUUAGAUUGAGAUUUUCCCAAGAAAAGCGUACUGGUAUCGGUACUUGAACAGGGCACACGGGGUUUAAAGCUCUGGAGUCGAUUUUGGAGGGGCGUUUGUUUCACCUACGGCCACAUACACACUGUACGUCGUCCUGCUGAUCGUCUGUUAUUGCCAGUGGUGGUGGUGAUCGGGGUCGUUUCUUUGGAACACUCACGCGCAAAUUUCAACUGAACGUGGCAGUAGGAGGUUGUGUUUUUGUUGAUGUUAUGUGUUUUUGUGGUGAUAUUAUGUGGAGCAACUAGUGUCACAAUAACUGUGUUACAUGCAUCUACCACUUUCCAAAGCAACAUCCACUCAUAAGUGAAUUGUUGAAGUGCAUUGUGUUGGUUUUUAAUAUCUCGAUAUUCUCGAGUGUGGAAAUGUGUUUGAAACCGCGUUAGCUAACGUGGUAUAGAAAAAGUCGAUCUCAAAGCGAUUAUUGCUGUGCUAGUUUGUGGUGAUGGUUAUGCAAAAGCAUAUCUAAUAUAUCAUACUCGUGUGCCAUAGCUGGCAAUCAUCUUCUGUGGUAUUUAUGGUGUAUACUAGGCUAGAAUCUCAAUGCAGUACGUGCGGUGAUAUGAAUGCAAAAUCAUGCUGUGUGAGCGAGUGAGUGCGUUGUGAUGGUUCUGUGAUCUGCUGCUGUGCUGCUGAAUCGGCAAUGUUGUGUUACUUUCUGCAAGCCAGAAGCAGAGGAUGAGCCAGUAUUUACGAGUUAAUAACGGUCGUGUUUCACUGAAUGGCGACACAGUGUUCUUGAGCAACGAGAAACGAGCGUGCAAUUAAAACGCCGUACAUGCCUGCUGCAGGUUGACGCAGGUGGUUGGUUGGUGGUUGUUGCGUGAAGAAAUCGAUCCAGCAUCGGGUGGAUCGUGUGGCGUGUGGAUUUAUUUGAACCGGCCUAACCAAACGAAAACCAUCUGUUCAUACAUACCCCGAACGAGAUCUCCUAUCAGCCUCUCGCUCGCUCUCCGUCAACCGAAUGAAGCGAACCCUCAGAAUUUCCGACACUGCGACAAAAAAAAACCGAAUCCAUCGUGUGCUAAUGAUCUAAUGACCGUAACCACCGACCAUCCCCUUACUUCCGAGGAAGUGACUAAAACUUGGAUGUAGAACUGAUUACCCAAUAAAGACGCUAGACGAGUCUAGAAGGGGAUGAGUCGUCGGCCGAGUAUCAACCGAUCGCCUGCGUGGUGAUAAGCCUGCCGAACGGUUCUCCCGUUGGGCAAUGGCCAACAGGUGGCCACGACCAUCAUCAUCAUCAUCAUCAUCAACAGCAUCAUCAUCAACCGUGGUGGGGGACAACUCAUCAAUUGCACCGAUCAGUGGCGCAGCACAACCAUCGACCACCUCGCGCCUCUCGACACGAACUGCCGACGGCGACAGAAACGGCGACGUGCAAGGGGGUGGUCUGGUGUGCGGUUUGAUAGGAAAGUUCGAAUGCACCCAACCCCCCACCACCACCACCACCACCCAUGCUGACGUCAAAGUAACAGUCAACAGUGGGCGCGAUAGUGGUAACGACAUUCGUCGUCGUCUUAUCACCACCGACGGCGAGGACGACGACGACGACGACGACGACGGAACCCGCCUUUCUAGUCCCCUCGCUGGUGGUGCACCGACCGCUGUUCAGUGUAUCCGAGCGGGGGCAGUGCUCGCGGAAGACGACGUAUGUUACGAAUGUUCCGAUAAGAUGGCCACAACAGUGAAAGAUGGUGGCAGUGCGGGAAGUGCUGCUGUUGCUGUUACCACCAACGAAUGCUCCCGUAGCUCCCGUAACCUCAAGACGGACCCGGGACACCCACUUGUGGUGGUACCUCCGAGCUUACACAGAUUUACCAAACGUCAACGAAAAACCGUUGUCUACAGUAGGCUUUGUUUGGAUGGAGGAAGCGGAAUGUUUGACCACCAGCACCACCACCACCACCACCACCACCAGAGUCCACCGGCGGAAGUUCUAGACCCGGACACCGACCACCACCAACGGAUCGGUCGGUGGCGAUCCGAACAGUGUGUAGCGGAGGCUGGAGGAUGGCCCGGUCGGCAGGCGGAAGUGAUUCGAUUUCCUUGCGUCGAGCGACUGAUCGAGCUGUACGCAAAUAUCAUCCGCGAGAAGGAGGCUGAAAUGCAAAGAUUUAUGAGCAGUAUUGUGAGGGAGGGCGAUAAAAGUCGAUUAGAUAAGAGCGUACUGUCGUCUUCGACUUCGUCGCUGCCACCGACGUCGACAACAACGAUGACAACGGGGACGACGACGACAACGGCGACGGUACUAAGCGGACGGUUACUCGGUGGCGACGGUGACAUACGCACGACAGCACCGGAGGCACCUGCGUCAGUAUCGUCGGAACCGUCGUCUUACGCGGCACCGUCUAUCAUCGACCUCACUCCGACACCAACAGUGGAACAUUCGAGCGGCAGCGUCGUUGAAACCCGUGAGGACAACCCGGAAAGUCCGGCCUCGGAUGAGGGUUGGCGUAGUAUACAGCAGAGUCCGUACGGUUCCAGUGACGAAGAGGCCGAACGUCCGUUGGUAGAGUGUACCGUCGGAGUGAUACAUCAGCAGCAGCAGCAGCACCACCACAACCAGGAAGAGGAGCAGGAAGACAACAUGAAGCACCGGGAGAAGGUGACCCGUUCGGCGAGCUCCGACUCAGCCCUCGGUCUCGAUGAGGAUCUCAGCCAACAGGAACAGCAACACAUGAUGGCCAACGUGGGGAAGGCGCGCCGUCUGACGCUCGGUGUAUCGGAUAUUCCACUCCGUUCGGCACUACUCCCAGUGCCAGAACCAUCGAUGCUACCGACCACGACCACCGACAGUCUGGCUUCACUGAGCGGCACCACGGACCAGCUACCAACCGUCGUCCGAAGCAAAAUGAUACUCGAGGCGCAACUCAUCGAACUACCGGUGGAUUCCGUGGAUCAACAGCAUCAUCAACACCAGCAGCAACAGCAUCAACAACUCGGCUGUCCACCCAGUACGUCUGCCUCACGCCGUGAAUCCGCUCAAAGCUACAUCAGCGACACAGGUGAGGGCGUCCGGUACGUCCGGACACCGUCGGUCGUUGUGUCGGAUUACUCCGAUGAUACGAUGUGCGGCAUUACGCUGGAGGAGAUCGAGUACUUCCGGCGACAUCGGUUACGCCGUGGAUCGGCCGACUGUGAGUCGGACAUCAGUGCGGCUUCGUCCUGCAGCAAUCUGAACUACUGCGGCUCAUCGAUCAGUGCACUGGAUGGUUGCGAGUAUCAGUGCGGAUUGCGGACGCCCGAGCGCAAGGUGUCGGACUGUUCGACCUGUUCCACCGUUAGCUGUGAUGAGGACGAAGGUUACUCCGUCGUCCGGGCGAAACUCGCCAACCUUAGCCCAUCGGCGGCUCCGGCAUCAUCCUCAUCGUCGUCAACGAACAAGGGUUCGUCGGUGGCGCCCGCGGCUGGUGGUACUGGACCACAGUCACAGGAGACGGAUGUCCGGAUUUGCAGCAAACAGCAAAAGGUGAGUUCGUCUCCGCAUCGUGCGUUGAAGUCUUUUGUUCACGCGCAGCAGCAGCAGCAGCUGCGGCUGCUGUUGCUGACUCAUCAAGCUGCUUUCAGUGCUCUCGGCCGGUGUAAGUACACAUGAAUAAUGAACGCUUCACACAACAGUCUUCACACGAGCGCGGUUGGGAGGGUGGUAAUCAAGAAUCGUAACCUUGACAUGCCAGACCGGUCCCCAAAAACAAAGCAUCGCUUUAUGCUAAAUCGCGCGUUUCGUCAAACAUAUAACCCCACCGUGGUGGGUGUGAGCAGGGGCGUCGUGCCGAUGCUGGCUUACCAGAAUGCGAGCGAGCACGAAACGCGUACGCGAGAUCGUAACGAAGCGUUCCUGGCCCGCCCGUGGCCCCGGGGGUUGCUGGCUGCCAGUCGGGAACGAGAGAAACAUUUAUCAUACAUAGCGCGCCAGUGACGUUUAUUUGCUUGUUUGGCGGGAAAUGAAAAACAAUGGAGUCCGUUUGUGACCUGGGCACGCCAAACAAAAAAAAAAAAAAAGGAACCGGGAUCCUGUUAGAGUCAGCGAACGAAACGUGAUCCCGUUUGGUGGUAAAGCAAAACAGUCGCGAAACAAGUUCGCUCCCGGCGAGAGGCGAGUGCGCUUCGUAUGAUACUCCGGUCCAGUUAAAAUGAUAAAUCGAUCUCAUCCGCAAAUCCGGAGCCGCACUGAGUGGGAAAAUAGGGGAGAGUGGCGGUUUCAGUCAACAGAACCGUGUAACGCUAAUCAAGCGCUCGAUUAAGACAAAGUUGACGAGAUUUUGGGCAGCGCGUAAAGCAAACAUCGAUCGAAUCGAUACGGGUUUUUGGAGGGUUACACACGGGGUCAAGUGAUUUAUGAAAUCUAACCACCAGCACGCGGCAGGGAGCAGUGCCGUGAUCAGCUCAUAAUUUCACAUACCAACAGCCCUCGGCUGCGGGCCUCGAGACCCGCGAGACUUCUGCUCUCUAAUUUGGCUCGAAAUUUGGCUCGGUGUCACUUUCUUCACCAGCCCUGGUCCUGCGGGAUCAUUUGGCUGGAGGCUGGUAAGCCCCGGAUUGACCGGACUGGCGGCCGUGUAAUCGUACUGCACUAUUAAUCUUCCUCUCGAGUGCUAAUGAGAUUGAUCGAUUCGAUAACCGCACUCUCGGUGGAAUUCGCUGUUGUUCGCGCUCUUGAAUUAAUGGCGGUGACCUCGUAUCGUGAGCACAUUGCUUCGCACUCGAAGCCGUUCUGUCGUUUAUCUAAUCUUUAGUUAAUCUAACGCUAUACACUGGAGUUGUUAUUCACGGAACGGUAUCAUUCCUUUUAGUUAAAUUAAUCUUAAGAGACUUCUUUUUUAUCGACUAUCUGUUCUUAAAAUCAACAACUGAACACACAAAUUGUUCCCCAACACGAAGAGCGAGAUCAAGAAAGAGAAGAGCGAGAUGAGUGAGUCGAUUCUAGGGAGAAACCCGUGUCUUUGGCAGAGCAAAGAGAACGCUCCCUGUCGGCGUGCGCAAAGAGCGCCAAGCCAGGGGCUGCAUUUCGGGAGAGACCGAUCGAGUCGCCCCAAACACCGGUCGUCGGAGCAAGAGUGGGAAUGCGGUUUGGCGUCCAUCGCGCCGCUGGAUGCUGCGCCAACAGCGAAACCACCACGCAUAGUAACCCGAGCUGUCGCGACGGUUUGACGUGUGUCGAUUUGCGGUGACGUGACGUGCGUUGGUUUGCGGGAACGGGCCGCGGCUUCGAUUACCAUUCGAGCUUCGAAAAGUGGUAAACAACACGUAAAGUGCCAUUGCGAGUCUCUGCAUUGUGCUGGAAACGUGUCCAAAGGAUCUUUGGAAUUCCCGAAAAAUCGGAUUCGUUUCGUGCUGCUGCGAUUCGAUCUCGCGUGUUAAGUGUCCUUGGUGUGGAUCGUUGAAGUGUCGCGAAAAGAAAAACAAUGAAAUCGUCAAGGAACGCAGUGACUGCACCAGCACCAUCACCACCAGCAGCCGCGUGACGUAAUGGUGGACAAAUUGAAACAGAUUUAGUGAUUAGCUGAGGGAGAGCGUAAAGAAACGGUCGAACACCCGGCCCGAUCCGGCCCCAGCCCCGGCUUUCGCCACUUCGAGACUCCCGCAGCAAGAGUUCCUUCGUUUCCCUUCAUGGCUUUCAGCAGCGCCAUGGCCUGUCUGUCAGCCAGCCAGCCAGCCAGCCUCCCUGGCUGGUCUGCGCUGGAAAGAUUAUGUGUGUGCGUCCUCGGUUGCCAUUGCAUCGGCCACCACGACAACCGGGACGCGGCGCAACCACACGUGUGUGUUGGGCUGCAACCAGCACAACACGGGAGAAGGGCCUGCUGCUGCUGGUGGUGCGUGCGGUGCGUGCGGUGCAUGCGUCGUGCCCCUUGGUCGAACCUGUCGAUCGUGUGUGAUCGUAAUAAUCAAUUUACAUUUAUGAAAUAUAUCAACCAGUUUUCUUUCUUUCUUCUGCCACUCUUCGGAGCUGCGCUCCUGGAACCCUUCCCUGAUUGAUUUCACUCUUGCAACGCACAACGGUGUGUGUGUGUGUGUGUGUGUGUGU